AUGGUCCGUUUCACCGGGCUCACACUGCUCCUAGCAGCUCUCUGCACCCUUCUCUUCGUCACCCCCAUUGUCGCCUACUCCGAGGCCGACUACCAAUUCAUGCACUUCAGCUGCAUCAAGAAGGACUGGCGCAUCGCCCAAGCCAUCGACAACCUCUGCGGUAAAAAUAUCCACAUACCAGGCGCGACAGCUUCUAUAGGAACAACCUUCGACGGCCACAACAAGGUUGCUGUCCUUGUCAACNCCCCUUGCUGGGGCGAUGGCCGCAUCAAUUCCAACAGCAAUGUUUGGAUCCCUCAAUACUGGUGUCAGAGACAGUUCUGGCAGGUUUGUGCGCAGGGAGAUGGACGUGGUAGGGGUAUGCAGGUCUUUGGUGCUAGGAAGUGUCAGAGUUUCUGGAUUUCGAACAACAAGUAUUAG